AUGUGCAAGACUAUUGGGGUGAAGGAUCUGAAUGCCCUCAUGGAGGAGGCGAUCCCUGCUUCCGUGCGCCGCGAGCAGGAGCUGGAUCUCCCGGAUGGCACGCUUGGCGAGUCUGGUGCGCUGGACCUGCUCAAGAAGAUGCUGAGCAAGAACGUGGUGGCUAAGAAUUACAUCGGCAUGGGCUAUCACGGCUCUCACCUGCCAGGGCCAAUCUUGCGAAACCUUUUGGAGAACCCUGGAUGGUAUACGGCUUACACGCCGUACCAGGCUGAAAUCUCGCAAGGGCGACUCGAAUCUUUGGUCAACUUCCAAACGCUAGUCUGCGAGCUCACCGGCAUGGAGGUGGCGAAUGCAUCCCUCCUUGACGAAGGAACUGCAGCAGCGGAAGCCAUGGCCAUGAUUGCCCGGGCCGUGAACUCCAAGUCCAAGAAUCAGUUCUUCAUCAGCGAAGCAGUGCAUCCUCAGACGAUCGACUGUCUGAAAACACGGGCGCACUAUUUUGGUAUGGAGCUGGUGAUCGGCGACCAUUCCAAGACAGACUUCGCCUCCAUGGACAAGCUCUUCGGGGCCUUGGUCCAGUAUCCGGACACCAAGGGCCGUUUCGAUGAUUAUUCCGGCAUUGCCCAGGCCCUUCACAAGAAUGGCGCCUACCUUACCGUCGCUGCCGACCCGCUCUCCCUGGUUGUGGCCAAGCCUCCCAGCGAGUUCGGUGCCGACGUGGUUGUGGGCUCCAUGCAGCGCUUUGGCGUGCCCAUGUGGUUCGGCGGACCCUCCGCUGCAUACCUGGCCACGUCCAAGAAGCAGGUCAGGCGAAUGCCAGGUCGGAUCAUUGGGGAGUCGGUGGACAGACUCGGAAACCCAGCCUACCGACUGACACUGCAGACGCGCGAGCAGCACAUCCGCUUAGAUAAGGCGACGUCAAACGUGUGCACUGCGCAAGUGCUGCUGGCUAACAUCGCCUCAAUGUACUCUGUGUAUCAUCGCAAGGAUGGGCUCCAGCGCAUUGCCAAGAAGGUUCACGGACUGGCGCAGCUGUUUGCCAGUGAGGCAGGCAAAGCUGGCAUGGCAGUUGGCACCGGUGCUUUCUUCGAUACUGUCACAGUCGACACCGGGAAAUCUGCCAAAGCCGUGGUGGAGGCGCUUCAGGCUAAGCAGAUGAACAUGCGGGUUCUCGACGACACGACCGUGUCCGUUGCCUUCGAUGAAACGCACCUGCAGGAGGAUGUCCACGCAUUGAUUGCCGCGCUGAAGGAAGCCGGCGUCGGUGGCUCUAGUCCGACUGCUGCGGCCAGCAUGGCGGUCAACGGUGAGAUCGAUAACAGCUUCGCUCGCAAGGGACCUUUCCUUGAACAGAAGAUUUUCAACUCGAUUUCAUCUGAGACCGAGCUAAUGCGCUACAUGAUGACUCUGCAAAAGAAGGACCUGGCGCUGGACACUUCCAUGAUCUCCUUGGGCUCUUGCACCAUGAAGCUCAACUCCGUGUCCUCCCUGGCCCCCUGCAGCUGGCCUGAGGUGACGAACAUGCACCCCUUUGCGCCUGAGAGCCAGACGGCCGGCUACAGGGAGAUGCUGACGUCCCUGGAGCAGUACCUUAUCAGCUGCACAGGCUUUGAUGCUUGUUCCCUGCAGCCCACCAGCGGUGCCUCCGGCGAGUAUGCUGGCUUGUUAGUGAUCCGCAAGUAUCUGGAGGCCAAGGGCGAAGGCCACCGCGACGUGUGCAUCAUCCCCAGGUCUGCUCAUGGCACGAAUCCAGCAUCCGCGGCCAUGUGCGGCAUGGAGAUCAAGUGGAUCGAGGAUUCCCGCGGCAUGGACGUCUCAGAGUUCAAGGCGCUCUGCGCGGAGUACAAGGACCGGCUUGCCUGCCUCAUGGUCACAUACCCGUCUACGCGCGCCUUCUUUGAGGACAACAUCCAGGAGAUUUGUGCUACUGUCCACGAGAAUGGCGGCCAGGUCUACAUGGAUGGUGCAAAUAUGAAUGCCCAGCUGGGACUUACCUCACCAGGCAUGAUUGGAGCAGAUGUGUGCCACCUGAACCUGCACAAAACCUUCAGCAUUCCUCACGGAGGUGGCGGUCCGGGUCUCGGCCCCAUUUGCGCCAAGAAGCACCUGGCGCCUCACCUGCCUGGCCACUGCGUCGUGAACCCGCCUACAGCGGGCUCUGACCCGGCCGGCGCAGUCUCGGCAGCCCCUUGGGGACAGGCCGGUAUUGCUUGCAUCCCUUGGAUGUUCUGCACCAUGCUGGGCAAGCAGGGUGUUCUAGACAGCGGCCGCUACUCCAUCCUGAACGCAAACUACAUGAAGUCGCGGCUGGAACCUCACUUCGACAUUGCGCCCACUAACAAGAACAACAGAUGUGCGCACGAGUUUAUCAUGGAUUUUUCCGAUAUCCGCAAGAAGUCUGGCAUUGUCGAGGAGGACAUCGCUAAGCGGCUGCAGGACUAUGGCUUCCAUGCGCCAACUAUGUCUUGGCCGGUGCCUCACUCGCUGAUGGUGGAGCCCACAGAGUCCGAGGACAAAGCCGAGCUAGAUCGGUUUUGCGACGCCAUGAUCUCCAUUCGAAAGGAGAUUGCAAAGAUCGAGUCUGGCGAGUGGCCGGCAGAUGACAAUCCCUUGAAGAAUGCGCCCCACACGCAGAAGGAGGUUUGUGCCUCCGAAUGGAAUCAUUGCUACUCGCGAGAGGAGGCUGCGUUCCCCGCACCGUGGCUGCUGCAGCGAGGCAAAUACUGGCCGACUGUGGCUCGCGUCGACAACUCCCUCGGUGACCGAAAGCUCAAGCUGCGUUUGGAGGAAUGA